AUGGCUGCCACUACUCCCCGAGGACGUCUCCAAGGCAAAAAUGCCAUUAUUACAGGUGCUGGCGGUGGCAUCGGUCUUGAGACAAGUAUCCUCUUCGCUCGCGAGGGUGCCAAUGUCCUCAUGGCCGAUGUUUCCGAGCCCGCUCUUGCCAAGGCAUUGGCCAAAGUGAAGGAAGUAGUUCCUGGUGCCCCUCGAGUUGAGUCGAUCCGAUGUGAUGUGUCCAAGGAAUCGGACGUACAGGCAAUGGUUGAGUCACAGGAUAGCUGGGGAGGCACCGAUGUGAUCUUCAACAAUGCCGGAAUUAUGCACGCCAACGAUGCAGAUGCUAUCGAUACCCCCGAGAAGAUCUGGGAUCUCACACACAACAUCAACGUCAAGGGAGUCUGGUUCGGCAGCAAGCAUGCCGUGCUCAGUCUGCGUCGUCACAAGAAGACCCGUGGCAGUAUCAUCAACACAGCUAGUGUCGUUGCCUUAGUUGGCGCUGCCACUCCCCAGCUUGCGUACACUGCGAGCAAAGGUGCGGUUCUAGCGAUGACUCGGGAGUUGGCUAUCGUUCAUGCCCGUGAGGGAUUCCGUUUCAACGCUCUGUGCCCCGCCCCCCUGAACACCCCUCUUCUGCAAGACUGGCUGGGUGAUGACCAGGCCAAGCGAUUCCGUCGGGAGGUGCACUUCCCCACUGGCCGUUUUGGUGAACCCAUUGAGCAGGCCCAUGCUGUUGUUUUCCUGGCUAGCGACGAGAGCAGCUUUGUGAACGGAACAGACUUUGUGGUUGAUGGUGGAAUGACCAAGGCUUAUGUUACACCGGAGGGUCCAGCAACCCCUGCGCCUCAGAACAAUGGUCUUGCUUCAAUACUCUACAAAAUAUACAUCAUGUCUCAGUUUGCUUUUCCUGGUGCGAACAAAUACGGAAAUCCUCCAACCCCCAGUUUCAAAGCUCGGAAUGGGCGGGUACUGAUUCCUCUAAUGGCCACAAUUGGUCUCGGUUUCGGCGCAUAUAACUAUUACGUCGCAGCCAAGUCGCGGCAGGAACAAUCUAUGCUGGAGGAACAGGAACGCCUGGCGCGAAACCAACAGUUGAUGGACGCAUACGGCGACAAGAACAGUCUGCAUGAUGUUCAACAUGCACUUGACACAUACAAGGUCCGGUGA